UUAUCUUUUCUUUUCUUUGAUGUUAUAAUUUAGAACCUCAGGAUCUCCGUGAAAAACUGAGUGGGCUAUAUUACUUCCCUUCCAAAAUCCAAAACGAUCAAAAAAGCCGUUUUCGAAAAUCGUUAUCCAAAACCGUUUUCCUCGUGAAUCCUAUUCCCAAACGGUUAAGUCUCGAUGCCUAACGAAGUUUCUGGUUACAGUGUCGGAAUUGGUACACUCCUAUUUAAUGGUUGAAGUAGUUGUUAGAUUAUACAAAUAUAUAUAUAAAUGCAACAAUAUCCUUCACCAUCAUCGUUCUCCUCCUGAUUUAGAAUCGGAGAGAAACAAAUAAAUCGAUAAUGUCUGUGAGGAAAGGAGAGGAGCGACAUGUAGUACUUGAGGACACGAAUGGGCGUGAGAAAGAAGAAGAAGAAGAAGAGUACGAAUAUGAGGAGGUGAGUGAGCGGAUCAAAUCGUCAGUUGCAAGCCGUUUCAAUCUGAUAUCGAACGAGUUAGGUCUCGCCUCCAAUUUCCGCAAGUUCAGUCGCGAAUCUCUCCUUCUCGGCAUCAAAGACCUCUCCACCGGCCUCGUCAUCCACCCUGAUAACCGGUGGUAUCGUGCAUGGACGAAGUUCAUAUUAAUGUGGGCGUUGUACUCCUCCUUCUUCACACCCUUCGAGUUCGGCUUCUUCCGGGGAUUGCCUGGCAACCUCUUUGUGGUGGACAUUAUUGGCCAGAUUGUUUUCCUUAUCGACAUUCUUUUGCAUUUCUUUUUGGCUUACAGAGACAGCCAGACGUACAGAAUGAUCUAUAAGCGUACCCCCAUUGCACUCAGGUACUUGAAAUCUAAUUUUAUCAUUGAUCUUCUUGCUUGUAUGCCUUGGGAUAUUAUCUACAAGGGUUGUGGAAGAAAAGAGGGAGUGAGGUACCUUCUAUGGAUCAGAUUAAGUCGGGUCCGCAAAGUCACUAAGUUUUUUCAAAGUAUGGAGAAGGAUAUACGUAUCAAUUACAUGUUUACCAGGAUUGUGAAACUUCUUGCUGUCGAACUCUAUUGCACACAUACAGCGGCAUGCAUCUUUUACUAUUUGGCUACAACUCUUCCUCCUUCUCAAGAGGGUUACACAUGGAUUGGAAGUUUAAAAUUGGGUGACUAUAGUUAUUCACAGUUUAGAGAGAUUGGUAUUUGGAAGCGCUACAUAACAUCUUUAUAUUUCGCCAUUGUUACCAUGGCUACUGUUGGUUAUGGAGAUAUACAUGCAGUCAAUAUGAGGGAAAUGAUAUUCAUCAUGAUAUAUGUCUCUUUUGACAUGGUUCUUGGUGCUUAUUUGAUUGGUAACAUGACAGCAUUGAUUGUAAAAGGCUCAAAGACAGAGAAGUUCAGGGAUAAAAUGACAGAUUUCAUCAAAUUUAUGAACAGAAAUAAACUUGGAAAGGACAUCCGUAAUCAAAUUAAAGGUCACUUGCGCUUGAAGCAUGAGAGUAGCUACACUGAGGCUGCUGUCCUUCAGGACAUCCCCAUGUCUAUUCGGGCUAAGAUUUCCCAAACUUUAUACUUGCCAUACGUUGAAAAGGUUCCUCUUUUUAAGGGAUGCUCUUCAGAAUUCAUCAACCAGAUUGUUAUUAGACUCCAUGAGGAGUUUUUUCUCCCAGGAGAAGUGAUAAUGGAACAGGGAAAUGUGGUAGAUCAACUGUAUUUCGUUUGUCAUGGUGUGCUGGAGGAGGUAGGUAUAUGCGAAGAUGGAUCAGAAGAGACUGUUUCACUUCUACAACCUGACAGCUCAUUUGGAGAAAUUUCUAUUCUCUGCAACAUCCCUCAACCCUAUACUGUUAGGGUUUGUGAACUAUGCAGGCUUCUGCGGCUUGAUAAACAAUCUUUUACAAAUGUACUAGAUAUAUAUUUUUACGAUGGUCGUAAAAUCUUGAACAACCUUCUAGAGGGAAAAGAGUCCAAUCGAGUUAAGCAAUUGGAGUCAGAUAUCACAUUUCAUAUUGGAAAACAAGAAGCUGAGCUUGCUUUGAAGGUGAAUAGCGUGGCUGAUAUUGGAGAUUUGUACCAAUUAAAGAGUUUUAUCCGCGCUGGAGCUGAUCCCAACAAGACAGAUUAUGAUGGAAGGUCACCCUUGCAUCUUGCAGCAUCAAGAGGACAUGAAGAUAUCACACUUUUCCUUAUUCAGGAAGGAGUAAAAAUCAAUAUUAGAGAUAAUUUUGGGAAUACGCCUUUAGUUGAAGCCAUCAAGAAUGGGCAUGAUCAAAUUGCUUCCUUACUUUAUAAAGAAGGGGCAUCCUUAAUGAUUGACAAUCCUGGUAGUUUUCUUUGUACGGCUGUUGCAAAGGGGGAUUCAGACUUUCUUAAAAGGAUUUUAUCCUAUGGAAUUGAUCCAAACUCCAGAGACUAUGAUCACCGAACCCCACUCCAUGUGGCUGCCUCUGAAGGAUUAUAUUUGAUGGCACAAUUGCUUUUAGAAGCCGGGGCUAGUGUUUUCUCAAAGGACAGAUGGGGAAGCACCCCACUUGAUGAAGGUAGAAUGUGUGGGAACAAGAAUUUGAUCAAGCUAUUGGAACAUGCAAAGUCAGCUCAGUUAUCUGAAUCCUUCAGUAGCUCUCAAGAAAUCACAGAUAAAUUGCACCGAAAAAAAUGUACCGUGUUCCCUUUCCACCCGUGGGAUCCCAAAGAAAAUAGAAGGCAUGGAAUCAUGUUGUGGGUCCCACAUACCAUUAAAGAACUUAUCCAAACAGCAGCAGAGCAGCUACAAACUCCAAGUGUAUCUUGUAUAUUAUCAGAAGAUGCAGGUAAAAUUCUUGAUGUAGACAUGAUUGGUGAUGGGCAGAAGCUGUAUUUAGUUAGUGAAACACAGUAACAUUUUUGGGUUUUUUAAACAAUAUAAUUAUGUAUAGUUUUUGUAUCAUCUUUUAUGCAAUCUUAUCUUCUACAUAGUCA